UUCAGUGCACGAGUUUAGUGAGGAACGCGGGAGGUGUUACACACAUUGGCUCAAAACUAGACGAGUAGUGGUCGCUGAAGUCGUGCGCUCUACUGCAAAGACAACUUUCCGAACUGUCAUGUCUCACCCUCAUUUUAACUGCAACGAAUAACCGGGUCGGCCUCGAAGCAGUUCUUUUGAAAGAGAUCAGUGAAUGCAUGCCUUUGUAGCGGAGCCAGUCGCCGUCUCCAAGAACCCCCGACCUACUGCCUGACUUGCUGCCAUAUCAUUGGACUUCUUCGGUUGAAGCACCGCGCACAAUGGACAAGCUACUCCUUUGAAUUCCCUGCGCAAUCUUCAACGGUGCUGUCUAUAAAUUAUGGAAAGCUGACAGCAAGGAGCUGUGAUUGCUCAAGAAACACACAGAAGGAAAAAAAAAACUAAGAAAGCAAACAUCUCAUCAGCGUCUUAAAGACACUCUCAGAUUAGCCUGAGUUUUAACACUGUCCUCAGCAGUCAUGGCAGCCUAUGGACAGACGCAGUACAGUCCCGCGCUCCAACCAGCUGGGCCAUACUCGGCGUACACGCAUCACACUCAAGGCUAUGGCAUGCCUUCCUACAACAUUAAAACAGAAGAUGGCCUAAGCCACUCUCCGGCACAGAGCAGUCUGCUCGGCUACACGUCCAACUUCAGCAACACUCCCCCAAGUCAGGCACUGUACAGCUACUCCACGCACGGAAGCAGUAUUUCGUCUGGAAUUUUCCAGGGAGCCAAUGCAAUCACAGGUUCAACGCCGUUCAGUCCAACCCAGCAGGACUUCUCCGCAUACAGCACAUACAGCCAAAGCCAGUACUCGCCUUACUACAACACACACUACAACAGCCCCUACAUCACAGCCAGUAACAUCAGCCCCUCAGCCCUCGCCACAGCCUUACCCUAUCAGCAUCCAGAGCACCCAGUCAUGGCCACCAAUCACAGUCCGGAGUCACACACAGGGGAGUACCAUCCCCCACCCAGCCCCCCCACCCCAGUGAAGGAUCACGAGGGGGUUCCUGCCAGACGGAAUUCAGACGGGAAACUGCGGGGCAGAAAGCGGGCCAGUGACCCCGCGCCCCCCCUCGACUCAGAUAUCGAGAGGGUGUUUAUCUGGGAUCUAGAUGAGACCAUCAUCAUUUUCCACUCUUUACUCACUGGGACGUUCUCCACACGAUUUGGCAAGGACUCGGCCAAGGCUGUGUCCUUGGGCCUGUGGAUGGAGGAGAUGAUCUUUAACCUGGCUGACUCACGACUCUUCUUUAACGACCUAGAGGAAUGUGACCAGGUUCAUAUCGACGAUGUGGCUUCAGACGACAAUGGGCAGGAUCUCAGCACGUACAACUUUGGGACGGAUGGUUUCCAGACUCCCACGGGUGGGGGGACGCUGUGUCUGGGCUCAGGUGUUCACGGCGGAGUCGACUGGAUGAGGAAGCUGGCCUUCCGCUACCGCCGGGUCAAGGAGAUCUACAACACCUACAAGAACAAUGUGGGAGGGUUAAUGGGAAGUCCCAAACGGGAAGAAUGGCUACAGCUACGACGAGAGAUGGAGGUUCUAACCGACCUGUGGCUCACCCAGGCCUUGAAGGCACUUGCCCUAAUCAAUUCCAGGCCAAACUGUGUAAACGUAUUGGUCACCACCACACAACUCAUCCCUGCCUUAUCCAAGGUUCUUCUAUAUGGCCUGGGUUCCGCUUUUCCAAUAGAAAACAUCUACAGUGCUACCAAAACAGGCAAAGAGAGCUGUUUUGAGCGCAUCAGCCAGCGGUUUGGUCGGCGUGCCGUGUAUGUGGUGGUUGGCGAUGGGGUGGAGGAGGAGACUGUGGCAAAGAAGAAGAAUAUGCCCUUCUGGAGGGUGACAUGUCGAGCAGACCUGGAGGCCUUGAGUCAUGCACUGGAGCUGGACUACCUCUAGGGGGCGCUAAGAGGCAGACACCCUCAGCCUAUCCCAUAUCCCUCUGAACUUGCAGUGAGUGGACCAACAUGGAUGCAGCCAGGCAACAUCAAUCACCAUCCAAAACCAAGAAUAUGGGACCAAUCUCUAUCUCAGCAGGGAGUUGCAAUAUUACUGGAAAUGUAUUUGUUUCAGUUCGGUCCAAGAAAAAUACCCCCUUCCCUCUCGCCAUAGACGUUCCCUUUUUUCCCUUCUCCCUUCUACUUGCUUUUUUUUCCCGUUCUUUUUUUUUUUUUACACUGCAGCGCAUUGCACUGAAAAUAAAAGCCCUUCUCAGAUCCUUCAGUUCAUGGUUGGCGGUUAGAGUGUCACAUGACCAUGUUUGUUGUCUUUUCUAAUAAAAUUGGAGGAGAGAAUAAGCAGAUUGUGAAAACAACCAAGAAAUCGACCGUAAGCUGUUGUUUAUAUUAUUGGGCCCUGUUAUAGAGUACAUGAUUUGGUAGAAAUGUUACAUGAAUACAUAGUGAAUUUCUUUAUUAGGGGAAAAAAGAAGUCUUGGAUGCCAAUAACCUAACAUAGAAAACUGAAGGGUGGGAGGGAUUUGGAUAUCUAUAGCCUUUGAGAUUUUAUACUCUCAGUGUAAAUCAGUAAAAUAAAGGGAUGUAUAUAGAGUAGCCAUUUUAAUGUAUUUAAAUUGAAUUAUGUUUAACAAUCUGCUGGUUACCAGACAGUCAAAAAUGGUCAACAGCGCACUGCACAGACAACAGUAAAUAUGCAAUCCAUUGCCUAAAAUCUGACACUGAAUUAAGAUGAAUACAUUGCUAUAUUUAUACAGAAAAGUCACAAAGAGACCAGUCAAAGAAAAUGGAAGACAAUCACUUGAUCGUAGGAUAAACGGAUCCAUGUUAAAUUGUUUGAAUACAUAUCUGUAAACCAAUUUCAAAAGAGUUUGCAUCACCAAUGGACUGUCAAAUUCAUUUUGUGAAGACAAUGGACCCUGUCAAUUUUACAAGACAGGCUUUUACAUAUGAUGGAUUAUUUCAGAUAAAGCAAAAAAACUUUUUGAUGUAUAUUUCUUGUAUUGUUCUUUAUGUUUUUGGUAAGUGUCAGUUGAAAUAUAGCCUGUGUGUAAUUAAGUGGUAUGGUCUUCUGGAUUUGCAUGUGUCCAAUACACAAUCAUCUUAGCGAUAAUUUGUAUAUAUGGUUUCAUUGAUCAUUUGUUUUGGUGGGCAAUUAUAGAAUAAUAAAAAAUAAAUUAAG